UCCUUUAUUUUUCUUUGUUACUGAACGUUGACUACUGUGCCAACGGAACAUUGCACACGUACGUAAGGCUUAGUGUACGAGUACAACAUUACGGGAUUUGGUUCAGGGCCUGGAAAAAUACAUUUAUAUUGUAUUUCGGUUCACUUUCAAAGUUUCAUAGCUUUGGCGUUUCAAAUAUUUAAUUUAUUAGGCGUAGGUCGCCUUCAGGUUUAACAGAAAAAACUAUCAAAUACGUGACUUUUAAACUAGUAUGAUCACUUUAAGCCAUAUUAUUUACGUCUCUGUCCUUUUUACACAUCUAUGCAUAGAAGUAGGUCAUACUUCACCUCAUAGCCAUGUUCGACCGAAAGGCCAAAUAUUGAACAGGGAGCGGGAGGAGAAUGGAGCAUUUAGUUCCCGAGAUUAUGAUCAUUACAAGGAAGGAGUGCAUCAUUCGGAAUUUGACCAUGAGGCUGUUAUUGGAAAUCGUCAUGACGCUGAGGAAUAUGACCACCUUAGUCCCGAAGAAUCCAAGAAACGAUUAGGUAUCCUUGUUCAAAAGAUGGACAAAGAUGGAGAUGGCUUUGUUGAUAAAAAGGAACUUACAAAGUGGAUUCUGAGGUCUUUCAAAAUGUUAACAGAGGAAGAAGGAGAAGAGAGACUGGAAGAGGAGGAUGAAAAUGAAGAUGGGAAGGUAACAUGGGAAGAACAUAUGGCUGAAGCAUUUGGAAUUGACCCUGAAGAUGAUGAUGAAGAUGAAAUUCCUGACCCUCUUGAAGCAGCUGAAGAGCAUCAGAUGAUGCAAGAAGACCGAGCGUUGUUUAAAGCUGCCGAUUUGAAUGGUGAUGGUAUCUUGGACAAAAGUGAAUUUUCUGCCUUUGCCAAUCCAGAAGAAUUUGUACACAUGCAUCAGGUCCUGUAUGAACAGACGAUGGUAAAACGAGACAAAAACAAAGACGGUUAUUUAUCACUGGAAGAAUUUCUCAGCGACGGAUCUGGUAAACCUCCGGCUGUUGGAUCAGAAAGCUAUUUAGUUGAAAAGGAUCACUUUGAGAACGAGUAUGAUGUCAAUCAUGAUGGGAAACUUGAAAAAGCAGAAGUUUUGAAGUGGCUCUUGCCAGACAAUGAUGAAGUGGCUGAAAAUGAAGCAGUCCACUUGAUCAAAGAAUCUGAUGACGAUAAAGAUGGAAAACUAUCUAUUCAAGAAAUAUUGGAUCAUCAUGACACCUUUGUUGGCAGUGAAGCCACAGACUUUGGAGAACAUCUGUACAACACGCACAAGUUUAACGAUGAACUCUGACGUCUCCACGAUAUGCUUGUUCAGAACUACUUUGUGUUAAAAGCACAAACUGUCUAUAUUUAAACAUCUGAUAUAAUAUCUUCUACCAUGUAUAUUACUAUGUAGCCUACUUAUAAACUAGAUUAGUAUUUACAUUUACUUUGAUUUUUCAGAUGUUUUAGUAUUUAUCUUUUUAUACCUCGUAAGCUAGACUUAUAAUCUAGCCAGUGUAAUUAGAGCAUGUUCUCAAAAGUAAGAUUUAGUGGUUUUUUACCACAUUUUAAAAACUGAAAAGACAACAAACCUUUUGCUUCCCUCCCCUUUUUAAACAUCUUGAUAAUUGCUUUGAAAUUCUGAGAAUUUCCAAAUAAAACCAACAUUUCUACUUCAUAAUCACAUCAAACAGUAUUUGAUGUAUUAAAAAUGACUAACAAUUUCAUACUCAUACCAUUUCUGAGCACAUUAUAUUCCACAGAACAACCACUCGUCAGGUUUUGCGCCUGAUAUAUAAGUGGAAUUUCAAGUUAAAAUUAUGCACAUGUGACGUGAAGUAAAAGAUUCUCAAGUAUGUACAUGGUAGAGCCGUUCGAGGCCUUACUAAUUCAGAGAAGAAAAAACUAUGUAAUAGGAAGUGUGUACAGCUAAGUUCUUAAAUUAAUUAUCCAUAUAAGCAAACAGUACUUGUAAAACCACUCCCUCAACUAGUCUUGAUUAUACAUUUGUUUAUCAAAUCAUAAGCACGUUAAUUUUUGCACAAUUUGACAAGACUGUCUAUCAAAUUGUAGGCGUGUUUAUUUCUUUUUUUUUAUUUUUACAGAUUGCCAAGCUUCCUUCAACAAUUUUUCACACACAAAUACUUUAAUAAUUUGAACUUGCACCUUUUUAGCAAGAAAUAAUUCAAAGUUUGCUUUACAAGGUAAACAUUUUCAGCUUUGUCCUACAGGAUGUUCCCUGUUGUACUGUUAACACAUUCUGAAGUUCAGUUCCUAACAUGUUAUUGUUGUUACAUCUACAAGCUUAUUUUUACCAACAGAAAAGAAGCAAUUCAAUACUAAUUGAACUGUGCUGACAACAGUUCAUUUCUAGUUGUGUAUGAGAAAAAGUAUUUUUUGUAUUUAUGACCUUCUCAUAAAGUAUUUUAUCCAUUGCACACUAACCACUGUUCACAUUAAAGAUAUUUUAGAACAAAUGUGUGUUAGAAGCAUGUUUUUUUAAUACAUUUAAGCUUUUCUUUGCCCUUUGAAUGAGUAGUCUAUGAAGGUUAUAAUUCUUAAAUAAAUAAAUCAACAGGGGGAGAUCUUGAUAAUCUCCCUCCGAGACAUCACGACCACUGUGUUGGGGUCCGAGUCUUGGGAAGUAAAAGAUUCUACGUGACCAGCAUGUUUUAUUGUAAAAGUUUAGUUUACGUACUUGCUUUCCAAACCACUUAUUUUUUCAUGUUAUGUGCCAAACCUAAUAAAGAUGAUAUUUAAACCUG